CUGACUUCUCCCCUCCUCUGUCAUUUCUCAUUCACUCAGCGCUAUCUGACGCUGUCCUUGUGUCUCACUCUCUCCUCUCGGAAUCGUCUCUUUUUUUCCCCCCAACAGAAAACAUGCAGGGAGGAGAGGAGGAGGAGAAAAGAAGAAACGCGUCGGAGGCGACAAGAGAGAGAGGAAGAAGAGAAAGUUGGUAGAGGAGUAAGAGGGCGAGAGGAGAGGGGUCGAUCAGAUGGGAGGAAGGAAGGAAAGGAUCUCUCUGUGGGCUCAAGUGCGCGAUUAAAGGAUACGGCAUAAAUAAACACAUAUAUGAAUCAAAGCCUGUAAUAAAGCAAGAGGACUUAUAGGCGCGCCACCGCGUUGCGUGGACGCGGACAAGACAGCGGCGGUGCGGGCUGAAACAGACAAGUUCUGUCUUUCUCUCUCUGGAUUUUACUCCUCAUGUUCUUCAAACUACUGAGGUUCAUUAACUUUUAAGAGUCAGAGUCUGAAAAACGUUCCCUCCCCUCGUCCGUUCAAUUAGCCUAACUUUCUCCCCGGAAAAGAAAAAGUGGAGGAAGGAAGAUAGUUUGUUCCUUCCGAGGAGUCCAGCUCACCGUAACCGGGGUUUAGGCGUUGGCACCCGGGCAGGGAGCCCCUCGCCAUGGCCGGGGCCAAGCCGGGAGUCCACGCGCUGCAGCUCAAACCCGUGUCCGUCCACGAAGCGCUGAAGAAGGGGGGCAAAUUCAUCAAAUGGGACGAGGAGCCCAACAGCGGGCCCCCCACCCUGGUAACCCUGAAAGUUGACCCAGAUGGAUUCUACCUCUUCUGGACUGGAGGGUCCAACCUGGAGGUGGAGAUUCUGGACAUGGGCACCAUCAGGGACACCAGAACAGGAAAGUACGCCAAACAACCAAAGGACCCGAAGCUGCGGGAGGUGCUGGGCUUCGGUAAGGGUGACAACGUUGAAGGGAAGCUGGUAACUGUCGUCUAUGGCAACGACCUUGUCAACAUCUCCUUCCUCAACUUCCAGGCUAUGCAGGAAGAUGCAGCCAAGAUUUGGACGGAUGAGCUGUUCACUUUGGCCACAAACAUACUUUCCAAGAAUGCAUCACGGAACACCUUCCUCCUCAAAGCGUACACUAAGUUAAAGUUGCAGAUUAAUCAAGAUGGGAAGAUUCCUGUGAAGAAUAUUCUCAAGAUGUUUUCAGAUAAAAAGAGAGUGGAGACGGCUCUGGAGCAGUGUGGCCUCGUCAAUAACAGGUCAGAGGGACUCAAGCCAGAUGAUUUCACGUGGGAGGCCUUCCAGAAGUUUCUCGACAGCCUCUGUCUCCGGCCUGAGAUACAAAGCAUCUUUGAGGAAAUUGGCUCCAAGAGGAAGCCAUUCAUCUCUUUGGACCAGUUGAUGGACUUCAUCAACCGCAGGCAGCGAGACUCCAGACUGAACGAGGUUCUGUACCCCCCGCUGAAAAGAGAACAGGUCCGACACAUCAUGGAGAAGUAUGAGACCAACACCAGCCAGCUGGAGAGAGACCAGAUCAGUUUGCAGGCUUUCACUCGGUAUCUGGGAGGAGAGGAAAACAGUAUCGUACCUCCAGAGAGGCUGGAUAUCAUCGACGAUAUGAACCAACCGCUGUCUCACUACUUCAUCAACUCCUCACACAACACAUACCUCACAGUGGGUCAGCUGACCGGUCUGUCGUCAGUGGAGAUGUACAGGCAGGUGCUGCUGACUGGCUGUCGCUGUGUAGAGCUGGACUGCUGGAAGGGCCGGCCGCAAGAUGAGGAGCCCUACAUCACCCACGGCUUCACCAUGACCACUGAGAUCCCCUUUAAGGAGGUGAUUGAAGCGAUAGCAGAGAGUGCUUUCAAGACCUCACCAUACCCCCUCAUCCUGUCCUUUGAAAACCACGUAGAUUCGGCCAAGCAGCAGGCCAAAAUGGCAGAGUACUGCAGGACCAUCUUUGGAGACGCCCUGCUCAUUGAUCCACUGGAGAAAUAUCCGCUGGACCAGGGUCAGCCCCUCCCCUCACCGCAGGAAAUGCUGGGGAAGAUUCUCAUUAAAAACAAGAAGAAGCACCAACAUCACCGACCCUCCAGUGGUGGCAGCAUACAACGCAGAGAACUGGAGGAGCAGUCUUCACCCCACAACGACUGUCCUUUGAAUGACAGUGAGGGAAGUCAGCUCCUGUCCAACGGAGAGGAGAAGCUGGCUGAGAGGAUGGUCAAAGACUCGGAGCCUCGCAAGUCCAUAGGAGGUGAAGGAGAGAGCGAGGAGGAGGACGAGGACGAGCCAGGGAUGGACCUGAAAAAGCCGAACUCGGACGAGGGUACAGCCAGCAGCGAGGUGAACGCCACAGAGGAGAUGUCGACUCUCGUCAACUACAUCGAACCUGUCAAAUUCAAGAGUUUCGAGGUGGCAAACAAGAGGAGGAAGUUCUUUGAAAUGUCGUCAUUCGUGGAAACGAAAGGCAUGGACACCCUGAAGAGCUCCCCCAUCGAGUUUGUCGAGUACAAUAAGAAUCAGCUGAGCCGAAUCUACCCUAAAGGAACAAGGGUUGAUAGCUCCAACUACAUGCCUCAGCUCUUCUGGAAUGUCGGCUGCCAGAUGGUGGCGCUAAACUUCCAGACCCUCGACCUCCCUAUGCAGCUGAACAUGGGUGUGUUUGAGUACAACGGCGGCAGCGGCUACCUGCUGAAACCUGAGUUCAUGAGAAGGACGGACAAACACUUUGACCCUUUUACAGAAAACAUAGUGGAUGGGAUAGUCGCCAAUACUGUCAAAAUUAGGGUGAUCUCAGGCCAGUUCCUGACAGAUAAAAAGGUGGGCGUGUACGUGGAAGUGGACAUAUUUGGACUUCCUGCUGAUACAAAGAGGAAGUACAGAACCAAAACGUCCAAUGGGAACUCGCUGGAUCCCGUGUGGGAUGACGAAAUGUUUGUGUUUAAUAAGGUGGUCCUCCCUACGCUGGCCUCUCUGAGGAUAGCGGUGUUUGAAGAAAACGGCAAGUUCGUUGGACACCGGAUCCUCCCUGUGUCGGCCAUUAGACCUGGCUACCACUACAUCAACCUGAAGAAUGAGCUAAACCAGCCUCUCCUCCUGCCCUCUCUGCUGGUUUACACUGAAGCUCAGGACUACAUCCCUAAUGAACAUCAGGAGUACGCAGAGGCUCUGACCAACCCCAUUAAGCACAUCAGUCAGUUGCACAAGAGAGAGACACAGCUGGCUGUUCUCCUAGAGGACAACAGUGAGCAUGUCCCCAUCCAGCCCAAAGAGAAAGAGACCAAGAAAGAGUAUGACGUCAAUUCGGGAGGUCGACCCCUCCCACCCUUCCACGCCCUCCCCCCCUGCUCAUUGGAUGAAGCCCCUGACAUCAUCAAAUUACCUGCACCUGUACAAAAUCCGAAGCAAGACCUCAUAGCCAGUGUUCUGGCAGACAUCCAGGCCCAGUCUAUAGAGGAGCUGAAGCAGCAGAAGAGCUAUUUGAAGCUGCUAAAGAAACAUAGCAAGGAAGUCAAAGAGCUGCGCAAGAAACACCUUAAGAAGGUGUGGAAUCUGAGUAAGGAGCAGAAGAGUCGGAGUAGCCAGAUUCAAUCUGACACCCAGAGGAGACGCAGUCAGAUGGAGAAACACCUCAAACGUAGCAUCAAGAAAAACGAGCCCCGGGAGCCAGUGCAGAGUGAGCUGACAGCGUUGGAUCAGGAGAUUGAGAAGCAGACGGUCCAGCUGAGGGAAUGGCAGAUGCAAGAACUGCUGAUACUCCGACAGAAACUUUACUCACUGGAGAGAGAGAAGCAAAAAACACACCUGCAAGAGGACUACCAGAAGUUAAAGGAUACGGCUCAUAAAUGCCAAGAAGCUCAGCUUAAGAAGCUCUGGGAGACUUGUGAGAAGGAGAAGAAAGAGCUCCAGAAGAUCCUGGACAGGAAGCGACAAAACAGCAUCAGCGAAGCCAAGAGCCGCGACAAAGACAAGGCUGAAACGGAACUGAAUGAGAUCAACAGGAAACAUAUUCAAGAUUCUGUCGCUUUAAUCCGCGGGCUGGAGGAGGCUCAGACCAGGAGACAGGAAAAAUUGAAGCUGAAGCAGAAGGAGGUACUGCAACACAUAGACGAGGAAUUUCCACUGCUCCAGUCUCAGUUGGAGAGGGAACUGGAGGAGGAGUAUCAGCGACUACCGGAGGAAAUCUGCAAGCACCUUCAGUUGGAACUCCAGAACAAAGGUCUCCGAAAGGACGCCCUGUUCUCGUCCUUGUCCAAUCACAGCUGCCCAAGCCCCAGUUCUGGCUCAGGCCCGCCCUCCAACUGCUCCACGCCCUCUGACCCGUCAACGCCCAAUCGGAGCACCUGGAACAGGAGCAUGGACAAUAGCACUGCCUCAUUGGCCGAUUCCACUUCCUCGUCCACCACUCCCGUCCUGUCAGAGGCGGAGAUGUCGUUCAGUUAAAAUUAUUACUUGUAAAAAGGAAAAUACAUUCAUUCAACUGGGGUCUAUAAUGAUUAUACUGCGGGAUAGUAAUGAUAUUAAUUAUUAACUAAUUUUAUUCCUUUUUUUAUUACAGACUAUUUUGUUCUUGUCUACAGAGCUAUUUUAUUUUUUAUUUUGCUGUUUUUGUCAGAUGACACAUCAUGCCUUUUGUUGGAAGAUUUCAUAAUCAAACUUUUGACUUUUUUUACAUUUUCUUGUCUGUAUAUCUUGCUUUUAAUGUCAUAUCCUUUCAUACCUUUUUCUUUGCAUCAUUUCCAUUUUUGUCUGGUCAGUAAGCUUUGUUAUGGUUUUGCAACGCCGCAAGCUUCAUGUUCACACUGUUUUUGCUAAAAGCUUUCUGUUUGUAACAGCUUUAACCUAUUUUUUUGACACUUUUUGAGCUUUAAACUGUGUCGAGAGAGGAGCAGGGUUAGGGCCUUUGGUCAGGGAAAAUUAGUAACAUACAUACAGUUGGCCCAAGCUAUUACCAUAAAGGUAAGAAAAAGUAAUUCUCAACAAAUCUUUGACAUUUUGUUUGUAGCAACAUUUGUCCAAUGUGAUUGCUUCUUAUUGGUAUGUCCUACAAAUAGAUGAGGAACUAUUUAAAACACAGCCUAUGGAGAUGUCUUAGUGCUGCAAAACUAUGUCAAAAACCACACAUCUUUUCUACUUAAAAAUGAUCAAGGUUAGAGAUGUAUUUUCCAGAAUUGAGUAUCAAGAGGGAAUAUGAAGGAAAAGAGGGCUACAUUUUUAGCCUGAUUUUUUAGACACUUAAAAAAAGGUUUUAAAAGCUUAAGUGUUAGCUGUAAUGGCAGUAGCUGACCAGCAAGUGGUGCUGCAGCCUUAACUGUAUAUUUUAAAUUGGUGGUUUUCCAUUCAUCCAGCCUGAUUAUCCUGUUAUACUGUACCCCCAACACACACUCACUCACACAGCAGAUUUGCAGCAUCAUUGGUCGUGAUAAAGUCUCUGGCCUUUAACCUCCAAUCAAUAUCAAGCCAAGGUUGCAUGGGGGGCGGUCAGCAGACAUCCAUCUGGCGACAAGUGUGUGUGUGUGUGUGUGUGUGUGUGUGUGUGUGUGUGUGUGUUUGAGGGUAAAGAAGGGAGGAUUUAAGUGAUGUAACACUCACUUGCGCACGCACACACACACACACACACACACACACACAGAGGUUCAGAGGACAAAAGUCUCCAAAAUCCUCUUCCCAUCCAAUCUACCCCCAUUUGAAAAACAGCACACACACACACAUAACAUACAGUAUGCUUACAUAGUAAUGCCACUGUAGGAAGCAGUCUUCAGAUGAUGACUUAAAACUGCACUAUGACAUUUUAAUGUAACAAUGCACUUGCAGAAGUCUGUUUUCUGCUGCUUUAAUUUCACUGAAGCCUCAAAAUUAAGAGUUACCUCUUAUUGCCAUUAUCGUGUGUUGCUAUGAAAAACUGUAUGAAAAACAGUAGUUCAGUUCUCUUGUUUCCAGAAUUGUCAGUGGACAUAGGAAAAGCUUAUGUAAAUUUUCUUUUAGGGUGAAUGUGCCAUUUAAAAUAUCCCACACAGUUCCCUCAGUGUGUUGGAUACUCCAUUCAAGCCAACUACUGAAUGUGGGAUUGUGGUGCACAAACUAAACAGUACUUUAAGUUCAAAUUCGGUGCUUCCUCGCUGUGUUUUUUUUUUUUUACAGCACAAUGUUCGUGGUUGCUUUUUUCUUUCUUGUCUUGUCCACUUUGAGGGGUGAUGAUGGCACUCUGUGUAUAUGUAUUCUGUGUAUAUGUUUUAUGUGAAUUUUACUACUGACCACAAGUGCUAAAGAGGGAUGGAGGUGAGGAGAAGUCAAGGAAGGCUGAGGGAAGAAACUAGAGUGAAUAAAAUUUUUUACUUUUUCUCAAAGUUUUUAGAUGAGAUUCAGCGAGUCCCGUCUUGUCCUCUCCCACCUUCCUCCGUCAGUGAGCACUGGCUGCCUGUCUGUCUGAUUAUUCCCCCUCACACACAAAGCCUUUGUAAAAUAUCGUCUAUUUAAAUGAAAUUUUAACAACUUUUUCUUUUGUGGUUAUUUAAGUUUCGUUGGAAGUAAGUAUCUGUAUACAUUCAUUCAAUUACCCAUUUGCAAAGUGUAAAAGGUUUUCAUAUAUCAAGCCCUCAUUACAAAUUCAGUAUGUGCAUCUUUAAGCAUUUUAAUGUGCCUGAAAUCAUCAUGGAGCUCUGCUUUUUCCUACAACAGGGUUUUCAGGUUGGACACCAUAAAGAAAGCAAUUUGAAGCCAAUAACAGUUAUGAAAUUAUUGGUUUAACUUAUGGGCCAUUAGUAGGACAGCAACAUCAACAUACACCCGCUGGGGUCAGCACGAAAUGAAUACGCUGACCUUUUGAUCUCUGAUAAUUUAACAGUCAGAGAUUGCCAGUCUGUUCACCUCUUUUGUCCUGCACUCAGUGUGCCACACUGCACACAGUAUGUAAAUGUUUUUGCUCAGCUAUCUCAUUUUGGACACUAAUGUAUACAGUGUGAGUAUUUAUUUUAUUCAGUGGAGACAGAGGUGAAACUGCCACCAGAAUUCUCAAAUCAAAAGGUUCAUUUUCCCAAAAAGUCAAUGCAUUCCUCACAGGCUGUCUGCUUUUAGUGUCAAGGUGGUCCAAGCCAUUCCAAGUCCAGUGGCAAAUAUUCAAAGGUACAUUUGUAAGAUUUUGACAUUACCAGGUACUUAGAGGUUUUUUUCAUUCUUAUGUUUGAGCUGAAACAUCCCAUUUUAGUACAACCCCUUUCAGCUGAGACUCUUUUCAUGUUUAAAUGCACUUUUAUCAUUUUCUGUUUAUGUUGCUUGUAAAAAUCUUUUGUUGCUGUGACAUGCACAUCAAUACAAACACUCAAUGAUUUUUACUUUUUGUGUAAACAGCAGUUUAUUUUUAUGAGGUUUAGUGUGAGUCGUUUGAGCACAUUAAGACAAUUACACAAAGGUUCUUUUUUUUAGAUUUGGUACUAUUUGCUUUUUUAUACUGGAUGUCAAAAGUCAUCACAUAAAUGAGAAUCAAACUUUUUUUAACCGCUUAAAACCUGUCAAAACCUGACUGAGGUAAGUUAAAUCUUUAGAAAUCUAACAAAAAGUUACAUUGAACUCCAAUGUAAUAACUGCUUCUUAGAGUUUUAUUCUCCUGGCUUCUGCUGGUAUCUCUUCAGGCGGGUGGCCAGAGCUGUGAGUCUUUGUUUGGCAGUCUCCACUGCCUUCUUAGGUAGCCCCUUCUUCCUUGCACCUUUCUGUAACUUUGAGAGCUGACUGACUUCUCUCCAUGUUGCCUUGAUCUUGGCCUCCAGCCUUCUCCUCCAUGGGGGAUGAUGCUGUUUAUGGCUUAUGGUUUUCAUCUUGUAGCCAAGCAUUUCUAGGCGUAUAUCAGCUCAUUGGUCUCAGUUAUGGUCUUAGUAGAGAUAGUAUGCAGUGCUGCAUUCACAUCUUGUAGCAGACAUUCAGAGGGUACUUUGUCACUUAACCUUGGUAGUCGUGAUCGUUGUAACUGGGGGUCCAGCUUAGUCAUCUUCAAUCUUAGUUCAGUCGCCCUUGUGUUAAGUGAGUCUGUGUCGUAAGGGCUUGUUAUUGGGGCUUGGUACCCAAUCUCGGAGUGUGGGGAUGAUGAUGAUGAUGAUGAUGAUGAUAUCUCCCCCCUGAACUGUCGUCCUGGCUCCCCUUUGCUGUAGCAUGUUUGUUGUACCUCAUCAAUCUAAAGUUGUGAUUGCAGUUGCCACUUGCAGAUGUUAGAGCACUGAGCUAGGAGAUGUUUCUUUGUCAGUGUAGAUGUUGGGUUUUGAAGCAUCCAUAUAUCCCAUAGCCACUGCAUAUACUGCAUAUUUCAGUAGCAUUAAGAACUUUGCCUAAGGGUACAAGGGUCCACCUGGAUACUGCCCCGCCCUGAUUGGGAAUUGAACCCCUUUGUGCACUUUGUGCUGGGAGAUAAAGAUGAAGUCUUUCUUGUUUAAUUAGUCAAAUAUGGGUUCACGUUCACAAAGAACAUGAUUUUGGGAGUUUGACCGUAUAUGAUUAUAUUAUAUGACAAGAAUAGAGACUGGAAAGUAGUGAUAAAAUGUCAAUGAGCUGCUUUAAUACUGGAUUGUUAGACAGACAUAAUUACUUAAAAAUACGCAAAAGACCUAGAAUUUGAAAUUACUUAAAAUGCCACGGUUCAUUAUUUUGUUUUAUUUUCAAGCUGUUAAUUAAUAUCAGACUUAAAGCUGCACUAAUCCAAUAUUUUUAUAUUAACAAUGGAUCAAAUGACUGUGUAAUGUCAAAGGGGUUGCACAUAGUGAUGAACCCACAGAGAAUUAUCACACCACUCAGCGUUUCAGCAUCUUUCAGGUUUUCAUUUUUGGUUUAAGGCCCUCAACUUUAUUUUUUUGGUCUAAAUGCUCUCAUUAAGUUUGUUUCCAGUCACAGCUGUUUUCACUGAAAAAGUUGAAAUAAACUCACUAUAUGCUACCUGUCUUGACAAAGUUAGUAAUUAUCAGGUGACAAAGUGGAGUGUUUAGUAGCUAAAAAAGCCAGAUCUUUUUCUCAGGAGUUGGAAACCAAAACAGAGCUAAAAGGAGAGCAUUGGAGAACACUGGACUAACAUAAUGAGGAAAGACAUUUGGAUAUCAGAUUUUGAAUCAGGAUCUUUAUUGACUUCCACUGUAAACCAUGACACUAAAAAGGCUGGCAUUAGUUCUCUCUCCUUCAGUACAUGCUUAGAUUUGGCCUGUGCUGCUUUGGCACACAGAAAAAGUAGAGAGAAGUGCAGUCAGUAUGCUAGCGCCGUUAGCUAGUUUCCUUCCCACCAGAAUGGAGCCUGCGGGUUGUUUCUUGUCAGCCGUGAGCUUUAACCUCUGUUAUUUCGGUCCUGUUUAUGAUGAUUAUAUCAUUUAAACAGGCACACACAAUAUCAUAUUCUUGACACAAAAGCGGCAGCGUACCAUUAGACACUAUGCUCACUUCAGCAGUACACACACAAACGCUCCUUGACUUUACUCUUAUUAGACAUUUGGUGUGACUAGUCUCCCUCAGGCCCACCCUGAGGCCUCUGGCUGUCAUGUCUUCUCUCCCUCUCUUUUUCUUCCUCUCUCCAUUCCACUGUCCCAUUUCCUCCCCUUCAGUUUCACCCAAUAAUGAGACCAUCUUUUACUUUUGGACUAGUUGAAGUAAUUAAAAGCAGCGGCCGUGUUUGUAUACUUCAGAUAGUGAAGAAGAUAUGUAGUGAGUUUUGUUGACACUGUAUAUGUAGUGUAUAUGAUUGUUGGCUGUAAAGGGAAUACUAUACAAUGAUCCAGAUGUAAUAUUAUAUUGUUCCUUCAUAAUUAAUAUAAGGUAUAUGACUGAACAUUCAGUAAUAAACUUAAAACUUCCUGUUGCGGAGCUGAA